AUGAUGGAAGUAAUGUGUAUGGUCAAACUCGUGAUCAAGAUACUCAAACUUGAAAGGGCUGCCACAUAUGUUGCUGUUUGCUACUUUCAAAAGGCCAUUUCAGUGCUGGGUAUCAGGAUGGAUCCCAACUUUCCUGUAGUUGACCUGUUUGAUGAAGAGGAGGGCAUAUCAUAUCCCUCAGACUCACUUGGUUUUGCAACUAUGGACCCUUCGCUGGAAGACAACGACUUCUCAGAAACUGCCAAGUUCAUAAACCAGAUCCUCAUGGAAGAGAACGUUCAACAAAAUCCAUUCUAUGACUCACUCACCUUGCAGGUUACCGAGAAGUCCUUCUACGAUGCUCUCAUUGGGAACCUACCUCUUUCCCCCAAUCAACAUGCCCUUGCUCUCAGCCCCGAAGGUGAAACUACCACCAGCAAUUACAACAACAGUUCUUCAGAUGAAAAUUUCCCUUCCCCAGAUUUUGUUUCUGUUUCUGCUUCUGCUUUUCAGUUUAACCCCCAGACCCUUUCUCAACCACCUUCAUUUACUGUUAGUCAUGGAUUCUCAGAUUUGGAUUCUUCUAUUGCCAAAUUCUUGGCACAGAAUAUGUUCAAUGAUGCUGAUUCUGUUUCCCAGUUUAGGAGGGGCUUAGAGGAAGCUACCAAGUUUCUUCCUUCUGGCCCUAUGCUUGUAACUGGUCUGCAAUCAAACGGGGAAGAAUCAAUCAAUACGUUUGGAGAUAAUUCCUGCGGAUGGAAAAGCAGGAAGAAUCACGAGCGCGAAGAGAGAAAUACCAUAGAAGAAGGGAGAAGUAGUAAGCAAUCAGCACUUAGCCUUGUUGAUGAGAGUGACAUUUCAGAUGCUAUUGAUCAGGUGUUUCUAACGGUGGAAAACGUGUGUAGUAAACACAAUUCUUUGCAGAGUGGAGCAGUGAAAGAUAAGGAGCGAGAUGGAGGGAAGGGGCGAUCAAAGAAACAAGGGACGAAGAAGGAGACUGUGGAUUUGAGGAAUCUUCUGCUGAUGUGUGCACAAUCUGUGUAUGCCAAUGACAGCAGAGCUGCCACUGAAUUACUAAAGCAGAUUAGGCAACACUCGUCUCCCUUUGGGGAUGCAUCACAGAGGGUAGCUCAUUAUUUCGCCAAUGGUCUUGAUGCUCGCUUGGUUGGGGCUGGUUCAGGUGCUCAUGGAAUAUUUUCUUUUCUGAGCUCUAAGAGGAUUACUGCUGCUGAGUUCCUGAAGGCUUACCAAGUUUUUCUAUCUUCCACCCCUUUCAAGAAGUUUACAUAUUUCUUUGCAAAUAAAAUGAUUAUGAAAGCAGCUGCAAAAUCAGAAACAAUCCAUAUUAUUGAUUUUGGCAUCCUAUAUGGUUUCCAGUGGCCAAUUCUCAUAAACUUUUUAUCAAAGAGAGAUGGUGGUCCUCCCAAGCUGAGGAUCACAGGGAUAGAGUUUCCCCAACCUGGCUUUCGUCCCACUGAAAAAAAUGAGGAGACCGGUCACCGUCUAGCUAACUAUUGUCAGCGUUACAAAGUUCCCUUUGAAUAUCAUGCCAUAGCAUCAAGGAACUGGGAAACCAUUCAGGUGGAAGCCCUUAAAAUUGAGAGCAACGAGAUAGUUGUUGUCAAUUGUCACAUGAGGUUUGAACAUUUACUGGAUGAGAGCACUGUUGAAGUGAACAGUCCUAGAAAUGCAGUCCUACAUUUGAUCAGGAAGAUAAAUCCGGACAUUUUUACGCACAUCAUUAUCAAUGGAUCAUAUGAUGCCCCUUUCUUUACCACACGGUUUAGGGAGGCACUGUUCCACUAUUCUGCUAUCUAUGAUAUGUUUGACAUUGUCAUACCUCGUGAAAACGAUUGGAGAUUGACGAUUGAGGGAGAGAUUUUGGGUCGGGAAGCUAUGAAUGUUAUAGCAUGUGAAGGUUCUGACAGGGUUCACAGACCUGAGACAUACAAACAAUGGCAAGUUCGAAAUACAAGGGCUGGUUUCAAGCAGCUCCCACUGGAUGAGGACUUAUUGGCCAAAUUCAGGAUUAAGUUAAAGGAAUAUCACAGAGACUUUGUCUUCGAUGAAGAUAACAACUGGAUGCUUCAAGGGUGGAAGGGGCGCAUUUUCAAUGCUUCUACUUGUUGGGUACCAGCAUAA